AUGCCGGAGAUUUUCUCGGGAAAAGCACGCGGCACUCCGGCAUGUUGCCACGCGUCGGUGCUCGUCGAACUCGCGUCAGCCUUCCCGUCGUUGACGUUCAAUCUUCCUCUUUAUUUAUUUGCUUUAAUUUUCUUUUUGCGAUGCCGAUGGGCAUGUGUGCAGAUGUAUUCGAACGGCGGACCCGGAGGCGCGGGCCCGUCUGCGAUGAUGCAGCAACUCCUCGUGCAGCAUUACCAGCAAGCCUUCUCGACGGUGCAGCAAUCGAUGACGCCCGGGGCGGCGGCCGGCACUUAUAUGAUCGGCCCACAAGACCCGUACCAGAUGCAGACCCUGAUGGCAGACCUGCUGCCGAUAACAGGCGGCUUCUACCAGUUGCCGCAACCCUCGCCGGCCACGUGGGGAAUGUAUCCCGCGAGCAUGAACCUGGUGCAGCAUCCGGGGCAGAGUCAGAGCCCGGGUUUGUUGGCUCCGAACCCCGGUGGGCCGACUACGACGGGAGUUAGGCGACCAGUGUCCCCCGCAAUGGCGGCGGCCGAGGCGGCUGCAGCGGGCUACAUCUUGCCUGCGGGGUACUACGAAGACCGAGGCGGUGCAGCGGGGCAAGGGAUGAUGCUGCCUCCGAACAUGACCGGACGACCGAACCCGACCGGACCCCCGAUGAGAGUCGUGUCGCGGGGAUCGUACCUCAUCGGUGCUGGCCCUCAAGAUUUCGAUGCAAAAGCGGCGAUGCUGAUUCAUGGGAUGAGCGACGGCUUGGACCACGGUGGUCCCCACCAGGAUUCGGGCACGAACGGCGUUUACCAGCCAACAGGCGGAGACCAGACCUCGCAUAUUCACCUGAGUUUGAGCGGCCCUGGUUCCAACCCUGUCGGGGGAUCAACGCCUUUCUCGCCGCCUGUGGAUUUAGGCGGCAAAUGGACCUCGAAUCCAGGCGACGCCAACAACUUUUACAAUCUCGCGGCGGUGGCAGCCGCCAACGGCUACACCGAUGCUCAGGGCAACGUUGCAUGGAACCCCAACUUGUUCGCGUCGCACGGGACGAUGAUGGCGGCAGCGGCGGCGAUUACCGGGGUGCCACCCGGUGUACCUACUAGUGCUCUGGCGACGUCUUCCAGUGUUCGACGUGGUUCCGGCGUAUCUGGGCUCUUUCCUCCAGCAGCCGACGGCAAGCUACAGCCCAAUCGCAGUCGAUUGCUCGAGGAUUUCAGGAACAAUCGGUUCUCAAACCUGACAUUCAGAGAGAUGACGUCACAUAUGGUGGAGUUCUCUCAAGACCAGCACGGAUCGCGCUACAUUCAGCAAAAACUCGAGCGAGCAACCCCCGCCGAGAAGAAUUUGGUAUUUUCUGAGAUUUUACCGCAGACCUACAGCUUGAUGACGGAUGUAUUCGGCAACUACGUGAUUCAAAAGUUCUUCGAGUACGGCUCACCGGAGCAGAAAGCCACGCUCGCGCAAAAAGUCCGCGGAAACGUGGUGCAACUCGCUUUGCAAGUGUAUGGUUGUCGUGUGAUCCAAAAAGCCGUGGAGACAAUCCCAGGCGAUCUGCAGCAAGAACUGGUGCGGGAACUGGAUGGGCACGUGCUGAGAUGCGUCAAGGAUCAAAACGGGAACCACGUGGUGCAGAAGUGCAUCGAAUGCGUGGACCCUCAGGCACUGCAGUUCAUCAUCAACGCAUUCACGGGUCAGGUUUACACUCUCAGCUCGCAUCCCUAUGGUUGUCGCGUUAUCCAACGUAUCCUGGAGCACUGCUCGCCGGACCAAACAACUCCGGUGCUGGAAGAACUGCAUCUUCACACUGAGCAAUUGAUUCAGGAUCAGUACGGCAACUAUGUCAUUCAGCACAUCCUGGAGCACGGAAAGGCGGAAGACAAGUCAAAAAUCGUGGCUGUGGUUCACGGGAAAAUAUUGUCCUUGUCUCAGCACAAGUUUGCGUCCAACGUAGUGGAGAAAUGCAUCCAGUACGCGACUCUCGCUGAGCGAGCGCAGCUCAUAGACGAGGUCUGCAUGUUGAACGGUAGUGCCGCUGCUGGCUUGAUGUCGGAUUCAAGUACCACGGAUCCUUCGUCAGCUGCUGUGUCGUGUCCGCUACAGCUGAUGAUGAAGGACCAGUUUGCCAACUAUGUCGUACAAAAAAUGCUGGACCUGGCUGAGCCCGGUCAGCGAAAGGUUCUCAUGAACCGCAUCCGUCCGCACGUCGCCACUCUUCGCAAGUUCACAUACGGCAAACACAUUCUGGCCAAGCUGGAAAAAUAUUUCAUGAAGAGUCCGUUAUCCCCUACUUCUGGUGCUACUGGCGGACCCGCUGGAGCACAAGGCCUUACUUCUUCACCAUGUGUUGGAGGUUUGGCCCCAUUGUCCUGCAACUCGGUGACCGGGAGCAUCCAGCGUCUAACUUUGGGUUCAUCCGGGCUGACGAGUACCCAAACGGUGCGGAGCCUGUUGACUGGGACUGUCAAUGGGAACGGGCCGAAUAUCAACAACAACAUCAUCGUUUCAGUUGAUCAAAACGGCGUCGGGUCAGAAACCGCGAGCGGAAUGCCGCAGCAUCAUCAUGUCGAAGAGAUCCCGUCGCUGCUUGGUUUUCGAUUUAAUCCGUGAUGCUGCUCAAAGUUGUCAUGGGAGAGGAUGACAUUGCUGAACGCUUUUUUCCGUUAACGGCGUAAUUGGAAGCACGCUUAAGACUCGCGAGUGAGAGCGACGAGUUUUGUAUCAGGAGAUUUUUUUUGGACGAACGCUUGAGAGUUGGUCUUCGCCCAGGUUUUCCAUUGACUUGGGUUGAGGUGUGAGAUCUCAUAUCUUCUGGCAUUUUAUUCCGUUUUCGGGUACCCUUCAUUCUAUCAUGGUACAUGUAUUACAGUAUUUCGUUAAAGCAAGAUUCAAUUCAUCUCCACACACAACUAUCGGAACUGAGAACGCGUAAUGCGAGUCUGGAUUAUCCCCGAUCAACUCCAAAAAUAAUUUUUGGAAGUGUAACUUACCCUACUUGGAAGUUCAUUAUGAAUGAGGCGAUACUUUUCAAAUACGGUAAGACCGUUGUGGCGCGUUAAUCGUUGAUUGAAUUCUUCUUUCUUGAAAAUUCGUUCGACGCGGUGAGAUAUGCUUUCGAACAAAUUCGUAAAGCAGCAUGUGAAGAAUUUGCUUAGAUAACCAGUCAUUUCAAAAAAUUAAAUCUGUGUUGAAAUCGAAGACUUCAGAGCUGAUCAUGUGUAAGAAUUUCAUCGCGAAGAAGCUGGUCGCACCUGAUCCGGAGUUGAAAUUUCUGCCUAAUGCGCAUUUUUAAACCGAUUAUUUUUUUCGUUUGAUUGGAAAACAUUGUAGUCCAUUUGUUUUUUCGUAAACUACACUGUGCGACGUGCACUUCUUGCCCAGUGCGAGGGAGAAAAGAUCUACGAUGAAAUCAAAUUGGUCAUUUUCGUAUUGAAUAUUUGGAAAACGGGAACGCAAAUUCCUAUGAAAGUAUCGUGCGAUAUUUUGAUUUGCACACUCUGGAGUUUCAUUGAUUUGAACCGUUUCAAAAAUGAAUGCAUAUGAAUUUGUUGUUCAUUUGUUUGAGAUUAUGAUGAAAGGAAUUGUUCCAAAUCUUACUGCGGCGUAGCUUAGGAGAACAAUGCCAUCGAAGUUUGCGUUUGUUUCCUCAACGGGUACGUUGAACGACAGCCCUGAUGGUAGCUCAAAUUCCCUGGAAGUGAUUCUACUGUGAUGUCGGUUUCAGCUUGCUGUAAAUUCAAAGUUUGACUCGGGUCGGAAACUUCCUGGUGGUUAAUCGUUGUGAAACCGAUGACAUAGAACCUUGGUUUUCCAAGCAGAUUUGUUGAGAUACUUUCGAUAGUUUUACAAAUUCGGACAUAUGUGUUUUUGUCAUUUUUUUCAACACUUGUUUUACGGAAACCCCUUAUUGAUUUUUCGGGAAAUCUUCCACUUGUUUUUGAAUAGCUUGGCAGCGCAGUCAUUGAAACGCGGGGAGAUUAGCUUGUGCUGACGUGUCGCAUUCGUAGCCGUAAGAAACAAAUGAUGUUCUUAGAGUCUGUGAACAAGAAAUACCCCCACGCGAUGUAAAAUUAAAGAUAAUCAUGAUCUCAUGGUCAACUGACGAUGCUUCGAUAUUAUUUUUUACUGUACUUGACUGAAAAUUGGCGCUACGACUCAUCUUAUGAAGCGGAAACGACGAUCGGACUCACGCAGUGAAACCGCAGGAGUUUUGUUUUGCUUCCACGUUGCCUUGUUAAUUUGGAUCGGGCGUUGUGUGAGUGUGAAUGGUUCAGAAUUGAUGCUAAUUCCAUGCGUGAUCCUGAAAUUGACCGUAGUGCUUUGGUUCGGCGAGCUCGUGUUUCGGAACGGGGAUUUUUGAUGUCUGAGGUGCGAAUUUGAGGAACGCCUUAUUAUUUUUUCCGCUAGCCCGAAUUUCGUCUGUUGGCGCAUAUUUCUGAAGAUGGAAGGAACCGAGGAAAUGCUUGGGUAUUUUUUUUCGUACUCUUUUUGAAUGAAACGGAGACAAAACGUCUUAUUUUCUACGAUGCGCUUUGUGUGUAAAUGAUCCAAUGAAAGACGUCGACGAUUAGUAAUUUUGAAGAGCAGAGAAGUUCUGGUGAAGGUGGCCGAAGAUAUGGUUGAGAUUUCCUUGAAUUGGCGUACUUUGAAGAGUUUUUUGUUGGGCCUGGAUGCUGUCGAGGUCUGGACAGUUUUUCUGAUGAAAUCAAGCAGAUAUGACGUGUGAGCGGAAACCGUUCUGAUAUCUGCAAUAAAAAAUAUUUGAAACGAA